GCUGUGCUUAGUCACACUUUCGCGCAGGACGUCCCUGUGUCAGGGGUGAAUACCAUUAUUUUUCCUCCUCCACUGUUUCCUCUUCAUGGGCUAUAACUUCACCGAGAGCCCAAGUGGCUACAGUCGCAAUUAAGGAACCACGCCUGUUGCUCUCUAAUUUCCCUGAAUUGCAAGUACUUAUACCACUCAUCGGAGCAGAGUGUUGUUUCAAGGAACGCUGGUCAAGAAAACGUGAUAUUCACCGGAAGAUUUUUUUUAAAAAAUCUUUAUUAUUUUAUUAUCGCGAGAGCGCCUACAUAACGACCCUCCAGUGUUGAUCCUGACUACUGCUGUGGGUCUGGGAGCGCUCUUGUCGGGGAACACGCACUAAUAACAGCAAUGGAGUACCUCAAGUUUUGUUUUGUGUUUUCCUGCUGGAUGAAGUUUGCAUAUUCUGUCUUCUCUACUGAUACACCUCAAGCUCCUCCGCCGAUUCCUAAAGAAAAAUUGCUCGUCUUAACUGUCGCAACAGAGGAAACAGAUGGCUUCCACCGCUUUAUACGGUCUGCAAACUAUUUCAACUACACUGUGAAGGUGCUGGGAAUGGAAGAGACAUGGAAGGGUGGUGACGUGGGUCGCUCUAUCGGUGGAGGGCAAAAAGUCAGACUACUGAAGGAGGCCAUGGAGGCUCUGGCUGACCAGGAGGAUCUUAUUAUCCUGACCGUGGACAGCUAUGAUCUUAUCUUUGCUGGGGGACCAGAGGAGAUUCUCAGGAAGUUCCAGCAAGCCAAUCACAAAGUCCUUUUUGCUGCAGAGGCACUGAUAUGGCCAGAUAAGCGACUAGCUGACAAGUACCCUUUAGUCCGCAGCGGCAAGCGCUACCUCAACUCUGGAGGUAUCAUCGGCUACGCCCCGUACAUAAACAGAAUAGUUUCGCAGUGGAAUCUCCAUGACAAUGAUGAUGACCAGCUCUUCUACACUAAAAUAUACGUGGAUCCUUUACAAAGACAAACUCUCAAUAUGACUUUGGACCACAAGUGCCAGAUUUUCCAGAACCUGAAUGGGGCAGUUGAUGAAGUGCUUCUCAAGUUUGGAACAGACCGAGUGAGAGUUAGAAACACAGUUUACGACUCUCUGCCAGUCGUCAUCCAUGGCAACGGAAACACCAAAAUGUACUUGAACUACUUAGGCAACUAUGUCCCCAAUGCAUGGAACUAUGAACAUGGGUGUCGAGACUGUGAUGAUGAUGUUGUGGACUUGUCUCAGUUAAAAGAGUAUCCAAAUGUGUUGGUUGGAGUGUUCAUUGAGCAGCCAACUCCAUUUCUUCCUGAAUUCUUCCAGCGGCUGCUCACCAUGGAUUAUCCUAAGGAUAAACUCAAACUUUUUGUCCACAACAAUGAGGUUUACCACGAGAAACACAUCCAGAAGUUCUGGGAAGAGAACAGGAACGCAUUCAACAGUUUCAAGGUUGUGGGGCCAGAAGAAAAUCUGAGCCAAGGGGAGGCCAGAAACAUGGGCAUGGAUCUUUGCCGGAAGGAUGCCACAUGCAACUACUACUUCAGCAUGGACUCUGAUGUCAUGCUCACCAACAGACAGACACUGAAGCUUCUCAUUGAGCAGAACAGAAAAAUAAUUGGUCCCCUUGUCACUCGUCACGGCAAGCUGUGGUCCAACUUCUGGGGAGCCUUGAGUCUGGAUGGUUAUUAUGCGCGCUCUGAAGAUUAUGUCGACAUUGUGCAGAGAAAACGCGUGGGUGUGUGGAACAUUCCUUACAUGGCACAUGUAUACCUUGUCAAGGGCAGUGUCUUGAGGAAUGAAAUGAAAGAGAGGAACUACUUUGUUCUGGAGAAACUGGAUCCAGAUAUGGCUUUGUGUAGAAAUGCCAGAGAACUGACCAGUCACAGAGAAAAAGACUCCCCUUCUCCGGAAUCAUUCCAUAUGCUCAGGCCCCCGAAGGGAAUCUUCAUGUACAUAACAAACCGUCACGACUUUGGGAGGCUCAUUUCCACAGCCAAUUAUAACAUUUCUCAUUACAACAAUGACUUGUGGCAGAUAUUUGAAAACCCUGCGGACUGGAGGGAGAAGUACAUCCACCAAAACUACACCCGUAUUUUCACUGAGAACUACUUGGAAGAGCCUUGUCCAGAUGUUUACUGGUUCCCAGUGUUCACAGAAAAGGCCUGUGAUGAGCUAGUGGAGGAGAUGGAGCACUACGGUUCAUGGUCUGGAGGCAAACACGAGGACAAGCGGAUUGCUGGAGGCUAUGAGACCGUGCCAACAGAUGAUAUUCAUAUGAAGCAAAUUGGGUUUGAUAAAGAGUGGCUACACUUCAUCCGAGAGUUCAUAUCACCCGUCACGUUAAAAGUUUUCUCUGGCUACUACACUAAGGGUUACGCUAUAAUGAACUUCGUGGUAAAAUACACGCCUGAGAGGCAAGCGUACCUGAGGCCCCAUCACGACUCCUCCACCUUUACCAUCAACAUUGCUCUCAAUAACAAAGACAGAGACUUUCAGGGUGGAGGCUGCCGUUUCCAUAGGUAUAACUGCUCCAUAGAGUCACCAAGGAAAGGCUGGAGUUUCAUGCACCCAGGACGACUGACUCAUCUCCAUGAAGGCCUGCCCACCACCAAUGGCACCCGCUACAUCGCGGUGUCUUUCAUCGAUCCUUGAACUAUCUGAUUAUACUGUAAAUUAGUCUUUUGUCCUUGCUUUGCUUUUUUUUUUCCAUUCUGUCCUUUGACAUUUUGUGCCCCAAAUGCAGAUGCAUUUUUUUUUGCAGAUGCAGUUUUUUUAAAGCUUUUUUAAUAGCUUUAAAAGAAUAAAUAAUUGCAUUAAAAAAAAAUCUCUGUCAAACAGAGAGUAGAGUGGAAAGGGAAGUGACAUAAGUAAUUCACACUCAAGAUACACAAUUAGAAAAAAAUGAUAGCAGGGUACAUUUAAAUAAUUUCGAUUUAGAUUCAAAGCCAAGAUCCUAGCAGGUAUUACUGGUACUGUAGCUUGUCAUGAUUUUCACUUCUUUACAGUUGUCAUGGUAACUGUCAUUAACACACACUGGUGGCUUUGCUAACAGUUAGCUGUACCAUGCUAGCGUACAGAUAGCUGAUGUGUAUCUAUUUGUGUUUCAGGUAAAAUGUCACUGAACACCUUUAUACUGUAAAAAGUCAUCAUUGCUUCAAUAGUUACUGCUGGUGCUCAUCAUCAUUCCAUGUUUCUGCAUUAUAACUGAAGGUGUUUUUCCACCCUAAAAAUAGUCCAGAUUGCAGUUGUGAUUUUUAAAUUAAAGUUUGAUUUGAUGAUCAGUGAAAAAAAGGAUCUAUUUUUGUAAUUUUGCACACCAGAAAAAAAAAAAACAGACAGCAGAAUUCAAUAUGAAUUCUGUUUGAAUGAAGUUCAAUAUUCUGUUUUACUUGAAAGGCUUCUUUCUCCUUUUUGGAAAUUGCAACAUUCAUUCCUUUUCUUUCCUGAAAACAUUUUUCUGCAAUAUUUUUUCUGAGAGAUUGUGUGUGAGUGGAUUUUGGGACUCAGCAAAUUAAGUCGUUUAACUUAUUGUCAAAACUGAAUAAAAGUCUUUAUAAAAAAAAA